CGUGAACCUGUUGCGCGUGUGUCUCGGUCUCGUGGCUUGGGUUCCCCCCUUUUGGAGCUAUAUACGAAGUUUCACGGAUCGUCACGACGAUGCGACACUAAUUGUGAGUGUAGGCGAGGGUGAGCGAAGAAGAGCGUUUCGAGUUUUUAUUUUGUUUUGUUGUUUUUACUCGAUUAUGUUCACGACACGUACGAUUGGUAUCCAUAUUCUAUUAAGCGUCUUCUUUGCUGGCGUAUCGUGUACCGAAACUUAGAAGAAUUCAUCCGCGAAGCUGACUGGCAGCAAUUGUUUGUCCAGUUGUCGGACUUCAGUGAUUUGUUCAUAUAGUUUGCCAAUAAGUGCGCACGGAAGCGAAUGCGCACGAAGCUUGGCGCGUUAUCAUCGCAAUAAGGGUGGUUUUUCGUUUUCAAGUUUUGUGGUCCGGCAUUGGUGUUGCAAUUUACAUACUGGGAAGUCAGUUGGCUCAUUAACAGUGCGUGUAGUAAUCCUAUUUCUCGGUGUUGUUAGGGCCGCUAGAUGUGUGAUAGUGAAAAGUGAGCUCUCUGAAUCGAGGGAACGAAGUGAUCUAUCACACGCAAUCGGGGUGCAAAGUUCAGCACCGCACAGUACAGAUUUGCUCUACAAAAGGUUGAGGAUCGAGGCGAGAGAAGACUCUCAAGAAUGCGAUCCGGUUCGAUUGUAGGGCUGGUAUGGACCAUCGUCGCCCUUUUGGGACUGAGUAGUGGCUCCAGAAUUUUGGGCCUUUUUCCCCAUCCCGGACUGAGUCACUUCAAGGUUUUCCAGCCGAUCAUGCGUGGAUUGGCCGAGGCCGGUCAUGAAGUCACCGUAAUCAGCUAUUUUCCCAAUGCGCAGAAAUCAGUGCCACCACUUCCAAAUUACCGAGACUAUGCCUUCGAGGGACCAGAUGUGCUGACCGACAGCUUCAGCAUUGAGGAACAAAAUACUAGGGACUUUGUGAGCAACUUUAUCGAGUUCUACGAGUUAGCAGACUGGGGAUUUUCAAGUUGCGAAGCUGCUCUCGGUUCACCUGCGUUAGACGAAGUCCUCAAACUACACCGAUCGAAGCCCUUCGAGCUGAUCGUAACGGAGUUCUUCUCUACCGACUGUAUGCUGGGGUUGGCGCAUGUUAUGAACGUUCCCUUCGUAGGUUUGAGCAGCUGUGCUCUGAUGCCUUGGCACUACGAUCGAAUCGGUCUACCGGACAGUCCAGCUUACAUUCCUUCCGAGUUCAGUAGGUUUUCUGAACGUAUGGGCUUUUGGGAGCGUGCCGAGAACUGGAUCGUUACACGUGCCGUAAAAUUGCUGUAUCACGUGGUUCAGUGGAAUGACGAUCGUUUGUUGGCGAAAAAGUUUCCCGGUUUGGCUAUCCCAAGUGUACGGGACAUCGCGAAGAAUGCAAGUUUAGUAUUGGUUAAUCAACAUUACACUCUAAGUGGGGCUCGACCUCUUGUACCUGUUGUUGUUGAAGUCGGUGGAGUUCACAUUGAACCGGUUAAACCGUUACCAGACGAUUUGGCCAAACUACUGGACAGUUCCGUCGAAGGAGUUAUCCUCAUUUCUUGGGGUUCCGUACUGAGGGCAUCAACGCUGCCAAAACCUAAACGUGACGCCAUUUUCAGUGCCCUCAAACGCCUUCCUUACAAAGUCCUGUGGAAAUGGGAAGACGACAACAUGGACAACAUACCACCGAACGUUGUGAUCAGAAAAUGGUUACCGCAAAGAGACGUUCUUUGUCAUCCCAACGUGCGACUCUUCAUGGCUCAUGGUGGUUUGCUCGGCAUUUCGGAAGCAGUUCACUGUGGGGUACCAAUUGUGGCGACACCUUUCUACGGGGAUCAAUUCCUGAACGCGGCAGCUGUCGUCAAUCGAGGAGCUGGCGUUCAAAUGUUCUACGAACAGAUAACACCGGAUUACGUGUUCGAUUGUCUACAGAAGGCACUCCAGCCUGAGAUCCGCCAAGCGGCCCGACAUCUUUCGGAUGCGUUCAACCAUCGACCGCACACGCCCCUUCAGCUGGCAAUUUGGUCCAUCGAGAAUGUGCUCAGACAUGGCGUACGGCGCUAUGAACGAUCCUAUGGUUCGAAUUUGAAUCUGGCGGUCUACUAUUCGUGGGAUGUCAUUCUAGCGAUUUCCGGUGUGAUUUUGUUACUGUGCCUUUUGUUGAUCAAAAUAUAUCACCAUCUGUUUGGUGUAAAAACUGCCAAAGUAAAAAGAUCAUGAAAAAAAGUUGGCUAUAAGUGAAGCACUUGAAGUGCGAAGAGCGUAAAUUAAAAAAAAAAUGUAUGUUCAAAAAGUGGUUGAAAGGUAUUUUAUGUACAGGUUUGAAAAAGAAGGUGUUUAACAUUUAGAAAGCCUCAUUUGUUAUAUUAGUUUUAAAUCGCAGCUUGUAAGUUAAGAUGGGGACAAUAAAACCCCGAAUCUGUAGAGCCAAAUUUGAAUACGGUAAGUUAUUUUCGGCAACGACUAGUAAGAGUACGUCUCAUUUAAGUUUCGGAAAUAUCGAUGGCAGAUGGAAUCAUAUGACUUGAUGACGGAGAAACAUAUAAUGUUGUUUUAUGUACAGGAAUAAAGAAAGAUUGUUACAAAAAGUUCAUAUUACAGUAAGACCACCAAUAACGUGAACAGGAGAGAUUAGGUACAAAGUUUUGAAAUAUCACCGGGUGAAAGCGUUCUCUGAUGAAUCAAAUUUUUGAAUAAAUGAAUUUCAUGAAUAUCUUUAA